AUGGUUCUCUAUCUUCGGAAACUUCGUCGAGUAUUUUAUAUUUUCCAACUGAUUUCGUUAGCCAUUGUUAUUCUUCUGAUUACAACUUAUGUCAAAACAAAUCAAUGUAUUCUCUCUCCGCCAGAUCCUGUGCUCAUAUUAUCUUCACCACUAGAGGCCUCGUCGAAUACUACGUCUGAUGAUCAUCUUUGGAUCUGGUGUCAAGACUUGCAAUUUCAUUUCGAUGCUGAAAAACACAUUCCAUCUUCACCAACAUUUCGCUCUCCUUCCAUAAUAAACCAGCGAACUCAUCGUUUGCCCUAUCGCUAUUCGAACUGGAAAUCAUCAUCUUUUCUUGCCCGCCGGUUUACUCCAUGUGAACACUACAUAGCCAUGAGCCUUCUAAUGUUUAUCGACCGAAUCUGUCGUGAGCAUGGUCUAACAUUUGCAAUAGCCGACGGAACUUUAUUGGGCUCAUGGCGACAUCAUGACAUUAUUCCUUGGGAUGAUGAUGUUGAUAUAAUGAUGCCAAUCGAAGAGCAACUCAGUUUUCUUCACGUCCUCGAACAAUACAAAGAUACCGUUGUUCAAUAUCAUUUAGUAGAAUAUCCGCGUAAUAAUACACCUUAUGCAAAAGUAUUCUUUCAAUACAAACCAUUUGCAAUUCAAGAUAUUUGGUCUUUUCCGUUCAUUGAUAUAUUUUUCUAUUUAACUAAUAAGACACAUCUUUGGUAUGCGAAUGAUCCCGGUGUAAAUAUGCGAAUCGAACAUGUUUUCCCUCUGAUUAUGCGUCCACUCGGUAGUUUAUGGUUGCCGGCGCCUCAUAAACCACAAUUUAUCUUUGAUUUUGAUGUUCUAACGCAGUGUAAUAGUCACUGGUAUGAUCAUCGCAAAGAAAAAGGACAAUCCUAUGUGAAGCGUAACUGUAGUGAUCUGACUGAUGUUUAUCCCUUCGUUCAAUAUGACGAACGCAAUAACCCAAUAGAAAUUUUAGUCAUUAAUGGCACUGUCAUCCACACGAUUAUAUAUUCAUCAUGA